AUGUAUGGAUACUGGAUUUUGUUAAUUGGCUGGUUGGUUGUGCAGCUGGUGCAAGGAUUAGUGAUAUUAAGAGAAGGUAUUCUCGACCAUUUGUCGAACGAUUUAUUGAAGAUAACACAAAGCUAUUACCAUCAGAAUGAGGGAGAAGAUCGGACAGAGGAGUUGGAAUUAGGAAUUGAGUAUUAUGGGAAAUCUGGGAAUGGGAAGGAACCCGGUAGUAGAUUUGGGAAGCAGUUUGGCGGAGAGUAUGGGUUUGUGAAAUGGGUAGAUGUGUUUUAUGGGACGUUUGAAGGGCACACGUUUCCUGGGACUGCAGUUCCGUUUAGCAUGUGCAAGAUGGGGGUUGAUGUUGUUAAUUCGAGGAAGGGGGAUGCGUAUGCUGGGUGGCAGCCCGAUGGGGAUGUUGUUGGGGUGUCUAUGCUCCAUGAGUCAGGGACUGGCGGGGCACCUACGUAUGGGAUUGUGUCGCAGUUGCCUAUGAUGGGUUCAAGUGCAGCGGAGGUUGAUGUUUCUGAGCACAUAAUGUUCAAGCGGAGUCGGGCAGAUGUAGCUCAUGUUGGGUAUUACGAUGUUGCGUUGGAGAAUGGGGUGGAGAUUGAGUUUUCGUCGAUGGACCGGUCCGGGUUGUACCAGUACACGUUUCCAGAGGUUGAAGGUGAGAAGCCGAUCGUUAUGGUGAACGUGUCGCAGCAUUUGCACUGUUUCGGGCGUCCGUGGUGGACGCAGAAUUUCCGGGGCGGGUUCAUCAAGGUGGAUUCGAAUAUGAAGUCGUACCAUGGACGUGUGACGAUUGGUGGUGGAUGGACCGAUCGCAGCGAUUAUACGAUCAGCUUUUAUGGUGAGUUUGACAAGCCAGCGCGCCGGGUGGUGUCCUUUAGGAACGGCAAGAAGUUAUCAGGGCUACGGACGAUGUACUCGCGGACCGGGGUGUCUGACAUUGGGGUUUUGUUUGAGUUCGAUGAGGGUACGACGUUGUUAAAGAGCCAUGUUGGGAUCAGUUCUAGCAAAAGGAACGGGUUCAAAGUUGCCAAGCAGAACUUGUUGAACGACUACCCCACGGAGGAAGCCAGGUUCAACUUGACGUGGUCCGUAGAGCAUGCUUUGGCACUGUGGAACGACAAGGUUUUCGACAAGGUGGUCUUGGAUACGAGUGUAGAGGAUCCGAUCCUUGUGUCGAAGUUGUACAAUUCGCUCUAUGGGACGCACUUGAUGCCCUCGAACAAAAGCGGCGCGGAUGCGCCCUGGAAGGGCGACGAGCCAUACUACGACGACUGGUUCACGUUAUGGGACACGUUCCGGUGUCUACAUCCGUUGAUCAACAUUAUGUCGCAGGAUUACGGCGCAGAGAUGGUGCGUUCGUUGAUCAACAUCUGGGAAGAAGAAGGUUUCACGCCGGAUGGGAGGUCUGGGGACCGGUCUGGCCGGACCCAGGGCGGUAGCAACUCCGAUGUGAUGAUGGCGGAUGCGUUUGUGAAGAACAUCACGGAGGGGAUCGACUGGGAGAAGGGGUUCCAGGCGAUGUACACGAAUGCCGAGGUGGAACCACCGUACGUGGAAGACCCAAUGGCGAACGAUUCUACGAACAAGUUCGGGCGUGGUGCGUUGAAAGAGUGGCUAUCGCUUGGGUACGUGACCAGAAACUACUCGAGAAGCGUUACCAGGACGAUGGAGUACUCGUACAACGAUUUUUCGUUGUACAUGGUCGCCAAAGGGCUUGGCAAAAACGAGUUGGCCAAGCGGUACCUUGCGAGAUCGAAGAACUGGCGGAACAUAUGGAACCCUGAGGCACGCAGCGUGAAUGUGCAGUAUAACUACACUGGGUUUGUGCAACCAAGGAACGCUGACGGUACGUUUGCCAGUGAGAAGUACGAUCCAUUCUCAUGUUUCGGGUGUUACUGGCGCGAUGACGAGUACGAGGGCAAGCCCGUGGAGUACGGCUGGACCGUUCCCUUUGACAUGGGCACGCUAUUGGAAUACAUUGGAUCCCGGGAGACGUUUGAGAGGCGGUUGGACGACAUGUACAAGCUCAAUGGCCACGAGAACGUGGUUGACAUUGGGAACGAGCCGAGUUUCCUCACGCCGUACUUGUACACGUACAUCAACAAGCAGGACAAGACGUCUGAGCUAGUGAACUGGAUCAUUGACACUAAGUUCAAGAGCGGGUGCGAUGGGCUACCGGGGAACUCUGACGCCGGGGCGAUGCAGGCAUGGCUUACGUUUGCGCUCUAUGGGUUCUAUCCGAUUGCCGGUACAGAUAUAUACAUUUUAACGAGUCCCAAGUUUUCUCGUGUAGUGCUCCAAAGGAUGCCGAAUGUGCCUGACGUGCACAUUGUGGCGCACGACUUGUACAAGGACGGUGGAAUAGUGCGUAGCAACUAUAUUCGUGAAGUAGUGUUGAAUGGGGAACGGUUGAACCGGAGUUGGUUCAGACACGACGAGUUGUUUGGACAAGGGGGCACGCUUGAGUUUUACAUGAGCGAUGUUCCGUUGGGAUGGGACCAUGCGGCGCAGACGCCGCCAAUGGGGUGGGAGUAG